AUGACUUUAAGAAGUAACUUCAAGCAAGUCGCCUGUUGUCGUCGUGACGUAGUGUCUCUGUGGCGGCAGGUGCGCACGAGCACGGAGCUGGGCCGGCACCUGGUGGCGACGCGCGACGUGGAGGCUGGCGCGGCGGUGCUGGGCGACGCGCCGCUGGUGGUGGGCCCGCGCGUGCACCGCGCCGCUGACGAGCCGCCGGCCUGCCUGGGCUGCCUGCUGCCGCUGCCGCCCGAGGCCGCCGCUCUCGCGCGCUGCCCGCGCUGCCUGUGGCCGCUGUGCGCGCCGUGCGCCGCCGCGGGCGCGCCCGACCACGCGGCAGAGUGCCGGCUGCUGCGGCUGUCCGCGGGUCGCGCCGGUUGGCUGCUCGCCGCCGUCACGCCGCUGCGCUGCCUGCUGCUGCAGAAGAGGCACCCGCGCCGCUGGCAGCUGCUCGCGGACAUGCAAGCGCACGAGGACCAGCGCGGGCCCGGCACCAACGCCUACACGGAGUCUGGCGAGGUGUCUGACUUCCUGCGGAAGAAGGUGCUGUGCGGCGAGGCGGGUGAGGCUGUGGAGGACGCGAGCGACGCGGCGAUCCGGCGCGUGUGCGGCGUGCUGGACGUGAACGCGCUCGACAUCACGCUGCCCGGCGGCGGCGAGGCCAGCGCGCUCUACCCCACCGCCUACCUGCUCGAGCACAGCUGCGUGCCCAACACCAGGCACACCUUCGACUUCCAGCGCGGCUGCCGGCUCACCGUUCGCGCCGCCAAGCUCAUAUCCAGGGGUGAGCACAUCUCGACGAUGUACACGCACGCGCUGUGGGGCACGCAGGCGCGGCGCGAGCACCUGCGCGCCACCAAGUACUUCGAGUGCCGCUGCCCGCGCUGCGCCGACCCCACCGAGCUGGGCACACACCUCAGCGCCAUGCGCUGCCUCGGCACGCUCACCGAGAGUGACGCCCCGGCGUGCGGCGGCAUCCAACUGCCGACGUCGCCGCUGGACCCGGCCUCGGACUGGCGCUGCGAUCGCUGUCCCGUGUCGCUGCCGGCGGCGCACGUCGCAGAGCUCGUGUCGCGCCUGGGAGACGAAGUCGACAAGACGCAGCAGGAGCGGCCGACGGUGGAGAGCCUGGAGACGCUGCUGGAGAAGCUGGACACGUUCCUGCACCCGCACCACUACCACAGCUACUCCGUCAAGCACUCGCUGCUGCAGCUGUACGGCCAGCAGCGCGGCUACGCCAUGGACCAGCUGUCCGACCAGCAGCUGGCCAGGAAGGAAGCGCUGUGCCGCGAGCUGCUGCUGACGACGAACUGCCUGGACCCGGGGUACGCGCGGCUAGCGCUGUACACGGGCGUACUGCUGCACGAGCUGUCCCGCAGCCUGCUGGAGUCGGCGCGCCGCUCCGCCGGAGACCGCUCGGCGCUUGAGCAACUGCUGGAGGCCCGUGCGCUGCUGGCCACGGCGCAGCGGGCGCUCCAGCCAGAGCCGCCGGGCACCGCCGGAGAGCGCAUGCUGCAGCUGGUGCGCGGCGCGCAGCAGGAGGUCGAGGCCCGCGUCAAGGAGGCCUAA